UCCCCUAUAAAUAGACGCAUGAUUCAGUCCGAGUCUCUUACAGCAUUCAAGUUAAACUACUUAAAAUUAAGUGCUCAUUACAUUCUGUAGCAAUGGAUUACCAAAACAGCCUUAUGACUAUCGGUGGCGCAAAUGCACCGGCACUUCUAGAUUAUCCCGGCAGGGGUCAGGCCGGAAGAUACAGCCAGGCCAAGAUCCAGCGCUCUGAUUUCCCCAAGGAUUUUGUCUUUGGUUCUGCAACAUCUGCUUAUCAGGUUGAAGGUGCUUGGGCCACUGGCGGUAAAGGCAAAAGCAACUGGGAUAUCUUCACACUGAAAACGCCAGGUAAAAUUGAAGGUGGUACUAAUGGGUGUGUUGCUAUCGAUCAGUAUAAUAUGUGGAAGGAAGAUGUGGCUUUAUUGAAGAAAUUGGGCUUAGAUUCUUAUAGAUUUUCAAUUGCAUGGACAAGAGUACUUCCAGGGGGAAGAUUGUCUGCUGGCAUAAACAAAGAAGGAAUUAAAUAUUAUAAUGACCUUAUAGACUCACUCCUUGCUGAAGGCAUUGAGCCUUGUGUGACUAUCUUCCAUUGGGAUGUUCCCCAAUGUUUGGAAGAAGAGUAUGGUGGAUUCCUAAGCCCGCGAAUUGUGAAAGAUUUCUGCGAGUUUGCGGAGCUUUGCUUUUGGGAAUUUGGUGAUCGGGUGAAAUAUUGGAUCACACAAAAUGAACCAUGGUCCUUUACUGUUCAAGGAUAUGCAUUGGGUACUUUUCCACCUGGCCGUGGCCCAACUCAAGCAGAGCCUGUGAAGACUAUCCGUCGUCAUAGGUGUAAAAUUGGGGCUCCAACCCAUUGCUCCAAUGGGAAUCCGGGCACUGAACCAUAUAUUGUAGCACACAAUUUGAUCCUUUCUCAUGCAGCAGCAGUUGAUAUUUACAAGCAAAAAUAUCAGGUGUAUCAAGGAGGCAAGAUAGGAGUAACAAAUGUCGCUGAGUGGUUUGAGCCACUCACUUGUACCAUAGAAGAUAAAGAGGCUGCUUCAAGGGGCCUCGAUUUUAUGUUGGGAUGGUUUGUAGCACCAAUAGUAACCGGUGAUUACCCACCAGUUAUGAGAAAACAAGUUGGAGAUCGUCUUCCCACAUUUACACCAGCACAAGCAAAGUUGGUGAAAGGAUCAUAUGAUUUUUUAGGCAUAAAUUAUUACACUAGUACUUAUGCUAGCAAUUCACCUAGGAAACCUGGUACACCCAUAAGUUAUGAAAAUGAUAAGGAAAUUGCAGAAUCACAUGAACGUGAUGGGAUGCCUAUUGGUCCAAAGGGCGGUUCGGAUUGGUUGUACAUUGUUCCCUAUGGGAUUUAUAAGCUAUUGGUUCAGAUAAAGAAAUCAUAUAAUAAUCCCAUAAUUUAUAUUACAGAGAAUGGGGUGGAUGAAGUGAACAAUACUGCCCUAACAUUUUCAGAAGCUCAAUUUGAUAAGACGAGGAUUAAAUAUCACCAAGAUCAUCUCUUCUACGUUAAGAAAGCAAUGGAUGAAGGCGUAGAUGUGAAGGGUUACUAUAUAUGGUCAAUGUUUGAUAAUUUUGAAUGGGGUGCGGGAUAUAGUGUUAGAUUUGGCCUUUUUUACGUGGAUUUCGUGAAUGGCUAUUUGACAAGAUUUCCAAAAGCUUCUGCUAUAUGGUUGAUGAAUUUCCUGAACAAAAAGCGAAAUACAUUGAAAAGACAAGCUCAAGAAAAUGAAGAAGAGUAUGGAUCUGUGAAAAGGCUAAGGAGCGACGUUUAAAAUUUGUGUGGUGUGGUCCAGUUUCAUUUGAAUUGUUUUGUCGAAUGCUGCAUACAUGAGUUUUCCUUCCCGUUUUUCCUUCAUGUUGUGGUCUUUCCUGUUUCAACUUUCUUCUUUUUAUAUUUAAUAAAUGGAAUUCUCGUCUUUUUAUUUUUUAAACGAA